CUCGGCUGCGUGCGUUGUUUGGGGACAGUCCCGAAGAUGGCGACGGCCCAGCUGUACUGCGUCUGCCGGCAGCCAUACGAUGUGAGCCGGUUCAUGAUAGAAUGCGAUAUUUGUAAGGACUGGUUUCACGGCAGCUGUGUUGAGGUAGAAGAGCACUAUGCAGUGGACAUUGAUGUUUACCACUGUCCCAACUGUGAUGUCCACCAUGGACCCUCUCUGAUGAAGAAGCGAAGAAACUGGCACAGACACGACUACACAGAGCCAGAUGAUGGCAGCAAGCCAGUCCAGGCUGGCACCUCUGUGUUUGUGCACAAGCUGCAGGCCAGGACCUUCCCCAGUGGAGAUGAGAUCUUGCAGCAAAUGCAUGGCAGUCAGGUCACCCAGAGAUAUCUGGAAAGGCAUGGCUUCCGCUAUCCCAUCGCUGUAUACAAAAUGGAAGAGCUCGGCCUUCGUUUACCUCCACCGGUUUUCUCUGUCAAGGAUGUUGAGCGCUAUGUCGGAGGCGACAAAGUGAUUGAUGUCAUCGAUGUGGCCAGGCAAGCGGACAGCAAGAUGAAACUGAGUGUGUUUGUGAAGUAUUACUACAGCCCUCAGCGGCCCAAAGUCCUCAACGUCAUCAGUCUCGAGUUUUCAGACACCAAGAUGUCAGAGCUGGUGGUGGUUCCUGAUAUUGCUCAGAAGAUGUCUUGGGUGGAGAACUACUGGCCUGAUGACUCUUACUUCCCCAAGCCCUUUGUGCAGAAGUACUGCUUAAUGGGUGUGAAGGACAGUUAUACCGACUUCCAUAUUGAUUUUGGGGGCACAUCUGUGUGGUACCACGUCCUGUGGGGGGAGAAGGUUUUUUACUUGAUAAAGCCAACCCCAGCCAACCUUGCACUAUAUGAGGAGUGGAGCUCGUCUCCAAACCAGAGUGAAGUGUUCUUCGGGGAGAAAGUGGACAAGUGCUACAAGUGUGUCGUGCAGCAGGGAACUACUCUCCUGAUCCCGACAGGAUGGAUCCAUGCGGUUCUCACCUCUCAGGAUUGCAUGGCUUUCGGAGGAAACUUCCUCCACAACCUCAACAUAGGCAUGCAGCUCAGGUGCUAUGAGAUGGAGCGGCGACUGAAGACUCCAGACCUCUUUAAGUUUCCUUAUUUUGAGGCCAUUUGUUGGUAUGUAGCGAAAAAUCUGCUGGAGACUCUCAAAGAGUACCGGGAAGAUAACUGCCUGCCUCCAGAAUACCUGAUCAAGGGAGUGAAAGCUUUGAUUACUGCACUGAGUAACUGGCUAAAGAGAGAGGUCACAGAGCCAGCCAGCGAGGUCCCUGACCAUAUCAGACCCAGCCAUCUGAUUAAAAUGCUCACCAAGGAAAUCCAGUACCUUGAGGAUUAUCAGAAUGGGAAUUGCGGAAGCAAGCUAAUGAAAUCUCAAGGACUCUCUGCGUGUCCUUCCACGAGGUGGGCACAUGAGAGAGGUUCUCACGCACGCAGGACAGCCAGACGUCUUCGUGACCAGCACCAUCAUCACUCUCACAGCCCUAAAGCUCCCUCCAACCUCGACAUCUUUGAGCAGCACACCCAGGAAGUCUUAAAAAGACUUGAAAUGGGUCCCAAUGAGGAGGAUGCCUCCUUGAACCUGAAGUUCAACAAGGUCUCCACGGCCUCAGCUGCAGUGGCAGAGCGGAGUUUGGAUAACGACCUGCGUCUGGUGCUGUGUAACGGACGUAUAAUCAGAGAUAACAGGCAGCAUGUUGGAGAGAAAAGACCAAGGAUAAAUGAAGACGAAGGCUCCAGAGAUGUGAAGAUGGAUUCACUCAAGAUUAAACUAGUACCUAAAGAGGAAGAACAGGAAGUGGAUAUUCACAUCAAAGAGGAGGAUAAGCAGCAUCAUGUAGCCAGAGACAUAAAGACCUUCGCAGAUUUUAAUAAGCAAGAGAGCUCAGAUCUCAGGAGCAGAGAACUAGUGCUUUCAGACAUCUCUUCGGACUCUGAAUCAGAUGCGGAGUACACUACACAGAAAAAGAACUGCACUGAGGGAGAAUCUGAAAGCUCUUCAGAGGAAGAGGAAGAUGAAAAGAUUAGGAGGAGUGGAGACGACCAGAGUAAGACCAAAAGUUGCUCUGGCUACACAAUGGAUACACAUCAGUCCAGGCAAAACCUUGACACUUUUGAAAAUUGUCUUAAAAGUGAAUCUGCUACCUCGCCAAGCACUGAAGAGGAUGCUAUCCAGGGAAUGCUGUCUAUGGCAGGACUCUUGUAUUCUCACCCGUCAGAAGAUCCCAGCAGUUCACAGGAAUCCUGGUGGUCCCGAACCAACCGUCCCUCCCCUGACUACAAUAGAAAGGAGGUUGCAUCAGGAGAGGAGAACCAGGAUUCAGACAGCAAUUCAUCACAGGAGGAGGGCUUUCGGGAGCGUGAUUCAGAAGGAGAACGUCACGCCAAACUCAAGCAUAGGAUCCAGGAACACAAGAACUUCAUGGACAGCCAGGGCAGCGGCAGCAACAGCAGCAGCGAGGCGUGGAGCAGUCACACACACUCCCCAGCCCAUGGGGAAAGCCCCACUUUGAGCUACCAAUACUGUGAAACGUCCCUAUCGCCACCUCUGCACCCGUCCAAGAGACCUGCUCCAAAUCCUCCACCAAUCAGCAAUCAGGCCACCAAAGGGAAACGUCCGAAGAAAGGUAUGGCUACAGCGAAGCAGCGUCUGGGUAAGAUUCUCAAACUGAGCAGACACAAACCCUUCUUUGUGUAGGUCCAGAUAUGGCAGCCACCGCUUGCAGAAGAUUUGGGAUGCUGAGCGUGCGUGUUAAAGGUGACGGGGCAUAAAAUGUGUUUGGUUGAACACACUAGCUCAAAAUCAUGGUAUUGGCUACCAAUCAACCCCAAGCGGAGGAAUCAUGUGACUAAACACUUCACUCAACUCAACAUGGUUUCCUAGUUUUGCUAAUAUGCAUCCAAAGAAACAAGGCGACUGAAAGGAAAUAAGACUGAAAACAUCACUUUUUAAGGCUUUCAGUUCUCAACGUUGACAUCCAAAAUCAGGUUUACUCCACAAAAGCAAAGACUAGCAUGCUGCCUCCCACAACUAAAACGCAUCACUUUGAGGAUGCACAUUUUAAGAAAGAGUGAUGAACUGAUUUCAUAAAGGUGCUUGACUUUUUUUUUGGUCUUCUCAUUUUGUGAUUGCAACCUACUUUUCCUAGCACAUUCCUCCACUGAAGAAAAUUUGCAUUAACUGCCUCAAGACAAAAUUCACCCAGGAUGACGGCUUGAACUACCUGACAGUCAAAAUCUUCUCACAUUUUGUGAGAAAUUAAAGAAAAGAAAAACGUUUGUAUUCAUCUUGUCAUGUUUUCUAUAGCUCGCUGAGGAGCACUGGGUAGUUUUUAGCUAUAUUUGGUCUUCUGUUGCCACCUAGUGGGCUUCCGGACACUGACUUUAAAGGUGCUUGAAGGUAGCAUUCAAAUGAGGCAAGAGACGUUUUCCCUUUAUUUAUUCCUUUAUCUUGGUGCUUGAUUUUUAUUUUCUAUACUGUUAUUAAAUUACGUAUUUAUUACUGAUGAAAGAGAACAAUUUAUUUCACUGGGGAGGUUUGCUAUUCUUUGGGCUAAUAAUAUGCAUCUGUUUUGAAACAUGUUUAGAUAUUUGUCGCCAAUUUGUGCAAAGGUUUAGCUGUUUUUCCAAAGUGUCAUCCAUAUCUGUAUUGCAUUGUGGAAAAGAACAAACAUGUUGUGUAAUAAGAAGCUAAUAUUUCAUCAAAAUACAGGCCCAGAUAGUCCCAUUAUAAUAAAAUCUUUCGUUUUUACCUUCAAUAUGUUUUUGUUUGGGGGAGGGCUGGUUUUUACUGUUAUUCUAAGGAUCUGGUUUCAGAAACGUGUUGUUUCCAUAAGUAUACAUUCCAGCCGCCUCAUCAAAUUCAGAAACACUGUUUGAACUGGUGCUGUGUAUAGUGAGACGUUUAAGAUGGCCAAGGAGAAUUUUGACCUUUUUUUUUUUUUUUUUUUACAUUGCAAUGUAUUUGGCUACUCGUCUUUUUUUUUUAUUAUUUUUUUUUUUUUUACAAAGAAUGGAAAAAGAGUAUUUAUUUUUGUAAAGUGAAUCUUAAGAGAGAAAUUUUUGCAGUUGUACCAACACGGUGUAUUGAAAUACGGUGCGUUUUGUAAGAUAUAUGUGUGCUUUUGAGGUAGUUUACUCUGGUUUUGUGUGAAAGACCUCAGGUAAUUGUUUGAGCUCAAGGUUUUGGAUUCCUUCUGAUGAAUGCCAAAUAAUAUAAUCAAGUCAGGUCAUGCUUUUGAAUUUUGGUGCCCAGGCAGCAAAAAGAGCUGUUUUAUCUAACCUAAUAUAACAUUUCUUAGUAAUUAUCCCCAUGAAAAAAAAAAAGUUCUUCUUUUGUAUUUCCAUGUUUGUUCUCUUUUAAAACAUUUAUAGAAACUCCAACAUAAAUUACAAAGCUCUUCAGGCAAAACGCACAUUAUUCCAUAAGCUUCCAGGAACUUUCAUGACGGAUUUCAUCGACUCGGACGACUUGCUGAGGUACAAGUACAGCAGCUCAGGGCUCACACACGGACUGUUUUUUCUGAUGGACAGCUUUGAUACUAAUUAUUCAAAGGGCUUAAGUCAACCCAAAGGUGCGCAGAAGGAACAGGUCAUUACAACCAGCACAGUAUUGUUACUGUAUUUCAUCUUCCAAGGUUUUUUUAUGAUGGUGUAUUGUGGACUAAGAUACUCAAGCAUUUUGUUUUGAUCCAUUUCGAAGACAAAAACCACAAUGCCAUUAAUUUAACACCUUUUGUUUUUUUCUUUAGAUCCUAGUUCUAGUGCUUUUUGUCAGAUCAGGAUUUGGGCAUGUGUUGCAGUCAGAACUUUGAGAUGCGUGUUGUUAUUUUUCUUUAGGUUUGGAGGAGCAGCUUCUGUGUCUGUCAAAAAAAAAAUGCUGCACUGCACUUAACAUGUCCUGCAUUUGCUAUGUUACACUACGUUGUUUUUUUGUUUUGUUUUUUUGUUACUGUUUAACACAAAUAUGUAAAUGUGUUUGAUAAACGUCAAAAACAUUGCUGGCCUGCAGGCAGGGUUUGUACCAUGCAGUAAUUGUUGUACAGUAUUUAUUUGGCAUUCUCUGUUGUGUUUUCAAUUUUCUGGUCUUGCAGUCAGUUACGUGUUUGUUUAUGGCAUCUCCUCUCACAUUUUCAGUGCGUUCAAAUGUUUGAAAUUUUAAUAUGGUUGUAUCAUUUUGUUGAAUAUUUUGUGACACUGUAAUCCACAGCUAAGGCUCUUGAAAUUGAGAUUUUCAGUUGUACAAUGUGGCCUGUACAUAAUAAAAAUUCUACGAGUGAA